AUGAAAACGUUUGAAAAGAUCAUGGAAUAUGCUGACUCUCAUGGUGGUGUAGGUCUUCACCAUUUGUCCGUCAUCGACGAGUAUUUGGGUUUCAACAUCAGAGACGCGACCGGUGUCAUCACCCGCUUCUCAUCAUCACGGCUGUUUGAUCCGUUUGGUAAUCUGCCUCGUCUGAACUACCUGAAGUUGAUUCAAUGCAUUGUGAUUUCCAAUGGGACUUGCUUCCAAAUAUCAGGGCUUGAGUUGCUUGACCUUGAAAUGCAGAGUUUAAGCUUCUACGGCGUCUAUGAAGUGAUAGCUCCGAAGCUAAAAUCUUUCCGUCUAUGGGAUGCUGGCAUUGAUCCAUAUCUCCCCAAAUUGAAACUCCCUGCUCUUGACUAUGCCGAUAUCCGUCUUGGUUUGAAAUAUGAUAAUGAAGCAUCGGAAGAGAAGAUUCGUGCAUUUAUGAAUCUUUUGGGUAGUCUGCCGAAUGCAGAGUGUCUCCAGCUACGGUUCGACAAGGUACGAACUGGCUGCUCUUUGCAAGGAACAUCUUAG